AUGUCUCUGCAGGAUGUUAUUGGGGGUUUUAAAUACUUGGCCGCCUGUGCCCUCCAAUUGGAGCGUGUUGGCGAAGGCGCUUUCCGCAGUGUGUCUCUGUGGACACCCUCUGCCUCUAAGGUGGCGUACGGCGGGCAGUUGGUGGCGCACUCUGCCGAGGCCGCGUAUCGCACGGUGGACGACCCCACGAUGGAGAUCAUCAGCCUUCAACUGAAAUUUUUAUCGGCGGGGAAAAGUGACUGUGGAUCGCCAGUGGUGUAUACUGUGAAAUCGCUGCAUAAUAGCCGCUCUUUUUGCUCGCGAAUGGUGUUGGCGGAACAAGAGGAGCGAAAUAUUCUCUCUGCCCUCGUUUCUUUUCAUCGUCGAGAGCGCGGUUGCUUUGAGCAUCAAAUAUGUCAGCCACGGCGCCUCACCAAGCCUGCACCUGCAGAGGGUGCCCCUUAUUCUCGCCUAAAAGAUGGGCGUUGCUUAGCGUUACCCAAGCAGGUGCGUGAGGCUGUUUGUCGAGAGGCGGAAGUGGCUUCUGUGGGUUACGCAAACCUCAUGAAUUUAACUACCAUUCAUGGCACCGAGCCGUGGGAUUGGUGGCUGCGAGUGGAACCGGAAGGGUGGGCAUUACUGCAGAAGGACACUGACAUUCCAGAGAGACGCCUACACAUAAUUGUGGCUUGCUGGCUCUCUGACUUUGCUGUGGCCAUUGCAUCACUGUUUCCGCACACGUUUCCAAACAGCGGUCUUCGGCAGUUUGUCAGUCUGGAUCAUACCAUUUAUUUUCACCAUCCGGACCGUAUUCGUGUUGAAGAAUGGUUUUUGUACGAGGUCUUCAGUCCUUGGGCAGCGCAAGGCCGAGGUCUCAGUGAAGGCCGCAUAUAUGGACCGGACGGGACGCUUUGGAUGAGCACCGUACAGCAAACGCUCAUGCGCACAGGGAACGACUAUAAAUCCCGCCUCUAG